UUAGCAGAAAACAGGGUGACCUCCUUUUGACCUUUUCGUCUUGGAUUAUCCCAAAUUUCAAACAAAGCUCUGUUCAGGUCAAGUUCCAAAAUCAAAAGCACACAGAUCUUCAAUUUCUCUUUAAAUCGGCGAUUGAUUAUUUUCUUUCCGAACCAACUGGGACGAUAUUGUAUGGAUAGUUCAUCAGGGUCACAUUUCAACAAUCAACCUUCACCAAAAAUGAUGCCGCCACGUCAGCAAGUAAAGUCCGGAGUGCUGCACACAUCCUUAUCACUCGUUCCACCACCAGACGCUUUCGGGUCACCAAACGUUCAAGAACGCGGCCCAAAUUCCGACCAGGUCCGUGAGUCACCAACUGAAAGCGCCAGCUCACGUGACACCUGGCCCGACCCGUUAAUCGUAUCUAAGCAGAUGGAGAGAGAGAAACAAAAAGAGCCCGAAAAUAACUUUGCUGAAAACUCCGUAACCCGCCAUAUUUCACGGUUGGAUAAAAUGUCGCUUAGAGACAUAUGCAGUGAACGCGUUGAUAUAAUUGCAGAAAAAAUGCAUCAUCUACCUUACGAGUUUCUCGACAAUUUAAAGAACCAACUUCGCGUUCUUAUCGAAGGAACCAGCGGUGAUCAAAUCAAAGAAGAAUACAUUUUCCUCCAAAAAAUGGUUAUGGGCCGAGGCGAUUUGACCGAAAAGGUGCUCACGAUGGCCCACCGCGGUCAACUCGAGUUGCUAGUUGCCGUCAAGACGGGAAUUCAAGCGUUUCUACAUCCAACCGUUAGUCUUUCACAGGCUUCUCUUAUCGAGAUAUUUUUAUACAAGCGAUGCAGAAAUAUAGCGUGUGGAAGCCAAAUUCCUGCUGAUGACUGUACAUGCGAAAUUUGCUCGAAACGGAACGGUUUUUGUAACCUCUGCAUGUGUGUGAUCUGUACCAAAUUUGAUUUUGAAGUGAAUACAUGCCGUUGGAUAGGUUGUGAUGCGUGUUCUCAUUGGACGCACACGGAUUGCGCGAUACGAAACGGGCAGAUUGGCGUGGGACCCGUUAAAAGUGGCGGGAUGCUUUUCCGGUGCCGGGCUUGUAUGAGAACAUCGGAAUUGUUUGGUUGGGUUAAAGACGUGUUUAAUCAGUGUGCGCCGUUGUGGGACCGUGAAAGUUUAAUUAAGGAGCUUGAUUGUGUGAGAAGAAUAUUUCAUAGAAGUAAUGAGAAUAGAGGGAGAAACUUGUACUUGAAGUGUGAAGAACUUGUGGAAAAACUUAAAAGCGGGUCAACUGAAGCUGUAGCUUGUAAAGCAAUAUUAUCGUUUUUUCAAGAGGGGGAGAUGGAGACUCCAAAAACCGAAGAAGGUGGAGUGAUGGCCCCACAAGAAGCAUUCAAUCGAAUAGCCGACGUGGUGCACGAAGCAAUUAAGAAAAUGGAAAUGGUGGAAAACGAGAAGGCACGCAUGGUUAAAAAAGCGCGGUUGGCACUCGAGGCAUGUGACGAAGACCUAAAAGACAAAAACCGGGAACUGGCAGCACUAAACUUAGAAAGACAGAAGAAAAAGCAGCAAGUAGACGAGCUUCAAAGCAUUGUACGUCUUAAACAAGCCGAAGCUGAGAUGUUUGACCUCAAGGCUUCCGAAGCUAGACGAGAAGCCGAAAGACUUCAAAGGAUCUCCCUUGCAAAUGCGCAAAAAGAGGACGAUUAUGCAAGCAGGUAUCUAAAACAGCGGUUACAUGAGGCGGAAGCGGAAAAACAGUAUUUGUUUCAAAAAAUUAGGUUACAGGAAGAGGGUUCGUCACGAGAUACUGGACCAGCCGAACCGUCACAGAUGAUCAUGUAUAACAAGAUCCAGGACCUGCUGAAAAAGAUAUGAAUUUUUGUUGGUUUGGUUUAAUGUUUAUUGUAAUUUGUACUAGUUUUUUUUUUUUUUUUUUUUUUUUUUUUUUUUUUUUUUUUUUAACAUGAAAUUUAUCUUUUGAAGUUCUGGAUAGAGUUGUUGGAGGCUUGUUAUCGACACAUCAUGUUGGGAGGAAAAUUGGAAGCAAAGAAUCUCCCAUUCUUUUUAAUUUUUAAUAUUUUCUAGACAUUAUACUUUA